AUGGACCAUUUUCCUUCAAACUGGGGCAAAUCUCGUUCCGAAAACACAGAUGCAUACAACACUGUUCCCAUGUACCAAACCGUUCCCGAUCAUCUUGCUGAAUCUGCUUAUGGACCUAUGACGAGAACACAGCAACCCUUGGUCACAGGUACAUCUGUUCUUGCUUUCAAGUAUAGAGACGGUAUCAUGAUGGCUGCAGAUAUGCUUGGUUCAUACGGCUCUUUAGCUCGUUUCCGUGAUAUCAAAAGACUAUAUCCUGUUGGAGAGAGCACUAUUGUUGGCGCCUCUGGCGAUAUUUCAGAUUAUCAAUACAUUCAGCAUCUAUUGGAUUCCCUCAUGGUCCAAGAGCACUGCGCUGACGAUGGGCAUGUUUUAGGUACUCCACAUAUCUACGAAUAUUUAUGGAGAGUCAUGUACCAGAGAAGAUCCAAGUUCAACCCUCUUUGGAACUCUCUAGUUGUUGGUGGUAUCAACAAGGGAGAGAAAUUCCUUGGUUAUGUUGAUUUGAGAGGCACAACCUACCAAUCUACUACAAUUGCUACUGGAUUCGGCGCACAUUUAGCACAACCUAUUUUGAGAAGAAGAGUUGAGGGAAGAGAAGAUGAAUUAACAGAGGAAGAGGCUAUUGAAAUCAUGAACGAAUGUUUGAAGGUAUUGUUUUACAGAGAUGCUAGAUCCAUGAACAAGUUCCAAAGAGCAAAGAUCACCGAAAGUGGUUUAGAGAUUACUGAACCAUACGUUUUGGAGACUGAAUGGGCCUUUGCAGAGAGCAUUCGUGGCUAUGGUGCUUAA